ACGUCAAUAAAUAUACUAAUUCACUAAUGUGGAUUAUCAUGGUGAUUCCUUAGAAUUCCUAAUACAACUUUGGCCACUAUAUCAAUAACUGAGGGAGGCAUUAUUUCCAGGGUGAUCUUCACCGACAUAAUGAACAAUGCCUAGGCGUUUUCGUCACAUGUAGCAAGCUUUCACCUAUGUGGCUCCACGAUGCUGAUGUUGUGCUCUCUAGGUCCACGCUGACUAUCAUAACUGUUGGUAUCCAUCAUUUGAGGUGGAUCCUGUGCUCGUGGCCACAUUUAAGUGGGAGCAAACUAACUACUGACCAAUGGCUUUGGAAGAUGUUAGACUACAAAAGCUGCCCUUCAAGGGGCCCCGGUACAUUUGGUUUAGGAAGGCCAGAUGGAGCCCUCAUAGAGCAAGAACUAGAUAAGGACGUUUUUUCUAUGGAAUGGAAAUAGAUGUUCCUACUAGCUCAGUUGUUGACAACAGUAUUUGAUCAUUUAUCCAUCAUGAUAUAAAAUAGGUAGGAGAAGUGCACAAAUAUGAAAAGGAGUAGAUAGUUUCAUUUUGAGGAGACGUAAAGAAGGCAAGAGGAUUUGCAAGAUGGUGAUCAAGGAAGGAUGGAAGGAACGAGCAGAACUAACUUUGGUUCAAUGUUAAUUGGUUUGCAAGAUAAAUGGAUAAAGAGAUGCGCUGAUGGACUGGCAAUGAAUGUCCUUUAGGUAU